AUGCGUGUUGCAGGCAUUUGCGCUGGCGAAGUGCGCUUCAGCAGCAACAUCCGCAACGUCACCGUCACGAAAGGCCGCGACGCAUCGCUCUCCUGUACCGUCGAGGGGCUUGGUAACCACAAGGUGGGCUGGAUUCACCUGAAGCGCCAGAUGAUCGUGGCGGUGCACACUCGCCUCAUCACGCGCAUCUCGCGCUUCAGCGUCACGCACGAGGACAACAAGACGUGGACGCUGCACAUCAAAGAUGUGCGUGAGGAGGACCGAGGCUACUACAUGUGUCAGGUCAACACCAAGCCCGCUCUGUCGCAAGUGGGCUUCCUGCGCGUCGUAGUAUCGCCGACGAUAGUAGACGCGAACAGCAGCGACUCGCUGAUCAAGGUGCGCGAGAAGGACAACAUCACACUGCGCUGCACGGGCAGCGGCCACCCCGACCCCCGCAUCAUGUGGCGCCGCGAGGACGGCGGCACACUCUCGCCCCACGACCGCAACCCCGUGACGCAGGUGGACGGCGAGGUGCUGGAGCUGUCGAGUGUGAGCCGCACGCACAUGGGCGCCUACCUCUGCAUCGCCUCCAACGGCGUCCCGCCCUCUGUUAGCAAGCGCAUCACACUAGAGGUCCAGUUUCCACCACAAAUCCACGUGCCUAACCAGCUUGUGGGCGUGCCGACCGGCGACAACGUCACCAUCGACUGCCAUGUCGAGGCCUUCCCUCAGGUUAUCAGUUAUUGGGUCCGGGACAAAGUCAUGGUCAUGAAUGAUGCCAAGUACAAGACUGAGACCAUCACAAACAAAUACAAACUGGACAUGCGACUCACGGUACUAAACUUCACCAAAGACGACUCCCGCACCUACAAAUGCGUCGCCAAGAACUCCCUCGGCGAAACUGAAGGAGAUAUUCGCCUCAACGAAAUUUUCUCUCCACCCAAAAGCCACGAGAUCAGACUUGAUGGUGAAAAUAACGAAGUGGGGGUGUCGGGCAAGGCAGGGGCGCUGGAGGACCACCAGCCCGGCCAGGGACGGUCCUCUGAGGGCCGAGUCUCCGUGUCCGAGGUGGAGGUCAACGACCCUCACGAGGUCCCUGAUCUCAUCCGUGAGGUCAACUUCUAUGAGGACAACGUCCCAAAGAACUCCUACCCUCACCACGCUGAAUUCCCUUUCUCGUCUGGAGCGACGUCAGUGAGCGUCUUUUGGCCAGCUCCCCCUCUGGACCUGGUGGCCAGGAUCCGCUCCUACGCCUGGCAGAGCCUUGGUGGCUCAGCAGUUAUACUGCACCAAUAUUGCUUCAUUGUUCCGUGUAUGUUCGUAUCUUUUCUGCUCGUGUCCCUCGUUAAUAAAAUUUUCCAGCCUAUUGUCACUUGGAAUCAAUAGCUGCGAUAAAUAUGAUAUUCUUAGUAUAGAAGUUAUCUAUAGGAAAUAUUUAUGUGUUCAAUUUCGGAUUGUUUCGCGUAGACUCUUACUCGUUCGGGACGGUUUCCGACACUUCUGAAGGAGUAAAUUAAAUGAAAUUACCUAUUAUUUUAUUAUAUAAAGCACUAUACCGCACGUUGAGCGGACAUGAUGGCCCUGAAGAUAUGAACUGUUGAAAAAAUCUGCGGUAGCUUCUUUUGCGUGAAAAUAGCUCAAUAUUUUACGAUAUUUUUUCUCGACAAAAGUAUUACAUUGAUUUUUUCGUCACGUGAACGUGAAGUUGCAACACAAUGUACGCAUAUUUCACAACUGGGUUAAUUGUGAAAUUUUCCGACCAAUCUUCGUCGGGACUGGAAGCCAAUAAGUCGUCAUUGCUUCCAGUUGCUUGAUGAGCCAAUUAAAGUGAUGUGUGAUAGAUAUGAAUGUUUUGAAAUUGUAUAAAAUUAAUAUGUUCUAGUCUACUAAUAUAUUACCCAUGCGACUAAGCCUUUUCGAAACCAAAUAUUGCACUGUUUCAUUUUUACUGAAUUUGUUUUUUAAUUUUUAUUCUUCUGAAGUUUUAUACAUGUUGUUCAAGUUAAAUUAUGACUAAGUUUAAGUGUUUGAUUAGGGAUACGUUACAUAUCUUUUAGUUGGAUAAAUAUCGUUAUUUUAAAUUGUUUACUAAUUAAAACAGAGUUAAAGGACUCAAGUAAUGUACAAUGGUAGUUGUUAUUCCGUGCCCGAAGUUCUACCUGCAUGGUAUUAAUUCAUGCCAGUCAUUCAUUAUUCGUGCAAUACAUCACGGAAUCCCAUCCGAAUGAAUAGACGUUGUAAAUUGUACGUCUAUUCCUUUCAAUUCCGACACCAAUAAUAGGCCUUCAAUUUUCCUUUCUGGCUGUAAUUAUAAUCGUAUAAUUUCUGUUGUCGCUGCCCUAACAGCUACUAAGUCCUCUACUAUUAGAAGCCUAUCCACGUGUAGGAGUGUUCAGUACCACAACUUGGCUGCGAGAGGAAUAAUGUAAUAGUUGUGUAUAGUACGUAGUCUCCUGAGUCUCGAAUAGAUCGUAAGACAUUUAAAUGUAUAUAAUACGUUGAAGUAAGGCGCGUCGAGCGUAUUACAUAUCACUUUUGUAUAAAUGUAUCCUGAUCACUCUUCUCAAACUUUAUAUAACUGGAACACUUGAGCGAGCACGCAUGAGAAUCGUUCGUGUGAAUACAAGUCAAAAAAAUAUAACUUCGGUUUCAAUAAGAAAUAAAAUGAUGCGAUCAAUUUACGUGCGUCAUUUCAUCCGAUGCAGCUUUCGUCUUCAGUAAA